GAGAUAGAGUGUGGGCUAGGAAAGGGUUCAUGACAGGAACUUUAAGUUGUAAAUAAGAAAGUGACAGAAAAGACAGAGCUUAUAUAUAGGGUUUGUGAAUAGCUGAAAUGCUGGCAAACCAGCAGUAAAAAGAAAACAAGAUUUUUUCUAGAGUGCUUUCUAAAAUCAUUCUAAUGGAAGGAGAGGCAAUGGGGAAUUCAGCGCCAGGCGCAAAGAGGACCGCCAGCAAAGCCAUUCGGAUAGCCCUUGGCAUGCUCAUAAGUGGUGUUAUAGUGCUUGGCAUUGCACUUUUCCUAGUUAGCCAAGGUCUUAUAAACCUUCAUCCAAAGCAACAGUAUUGCUUGACUUCAGAAUGUGUUGAAGCUGCUGCCUCCAUCUUAAGUAAAAUAAACCAGUCUGUGGAUCCCUGUGAGAAUUUUUUUCGGUUUGCCUGUGAUGGCUGGACAUCUAAUAAUCCCAUUCCUGAAGACUCGUCAAACUAUGGAGUUUAUCCUUGGCUGAGGAACAAUGUGGACCUCAAGUUGAAAGCACUGCUACAGAAAUCUAUCAGCAAGAGACGGGACAGUGAAGCUGUACAGAAAGCCAAGAUCCUUUACUCAUCAUGUAUGAAUGAGAAUAAAAUUGAAAAAGUUGAUGCAAAGCCACUGUUAAGUAUACUGAAGCAUUCGCUGUUCCGUUGGCCUGUGCUGGAAUCUAACAUCGGACCUGAAGGACAAUGGUCAGAAAGGAAGUUCAGCAUGCUCCAGACCCUUGCAACUUUUCGUGGUCAAUACAGUAACUCUGUCUUCAUCCGUUUGUAUGUGGCUCCUGAUGACAAAACCUCCAAUAAACACAUCUUAAAGCUAGACCAAGCAACCCUGUCUCUAACCGCACGGGAAGAUUACCUUGAUAAUACCACAGAAGCUAAAUCUUAUAGAGAAGCCUUUUUGCAGUUCAUGGUUGAUAUUGCAGUGCUUUUGGGUGCUAAUGCCUCACGGGCAGAGUCUGAUAUGAAGUCAGUUCUGAAACUGGAAAUUAAAAUAGCUGAGAUAAUGAUUCCACAGGAGAAUCGAACCAGUGAGAUUAUGUACAAUAGAAUGAACAUAUCUGAACUUAGUGCCAUGAUCCCUCAGUUUGACUGGCUGGGAUAUAUCAAGAAGGUGAUUGACACUAAACUCUACCCUCACCUUCAAGAUAUAGGUCCUUCAGAAAACGUGAUUGUCCGUGUGCCCCAGUACUUCAAAGAUUUGUUCAGGAUACUAGAAAAAGAAAGGAAAAAGACUAUUGCCAACUAUCUGGUAUGGAGGAUGGUUUAUUCAAGAAUAUUUAACCUCAGCCGACGCUUUCAGUAUAGAUGGCUGGAAUUUUCACGGGUAAUCCAGGGAACCACAUCUUUACUGCCUCAGUGGGAUAAAUGUGUAAACUUUGUAGAAGGAGCACUCCCUUAUGUCGUUGGCAGGAUGUUUGUGGAUGUCCAUUUUCAAGAAGACAAGAGAGAAAUGAUGGCGGAGUUGACUGAAGGGAUUCGCUGGGCUUUUAUCGACAUGUUGGAAAAGGAAAAUGACUGGAUGGAUGCAAGAACAAAAAGGAAAGCUAAUGAAAAGGCAAAAGCAGUUUUGGCAAAAGUGGGCUACCCUGAGUUUAUAAUGAAUGACACGUAUAUUAAUGAAGACAUCAAAACAAUGAAGUUUUCAGAAAAUGACUAUUUUGGCAACGUAUUGCAGACUCGCAAAUAUCUGGCCCAGUCUGACUUCUACUGGCUUAGAAAAGAAGUUCCAAAAACAGAGUGGUUUACUAGUCCAACCACUGUCAACGCUUUCUAUAGUGCAUCGACCAACCAGAUCAGAUUCCCAGCAGGAGAACUCCAAAAGCCUUUCUUCUGGGGGACAGAAUAUCCUAGGUCUUUAAGUUAUGGUGCCAUUGGGGUAAUUGUUGGGCAUGAGUUUACCCAUGGAUUUGAUAAUAAUGGUCGUAAGUAUGACAAGAAUGGGAAUUUAGACCCCUGGUGGUCCACUGAGUCUGAAGAAAAAUUCAAAGAGAAGACCAAAUGCAUGAUUAACCAGUACGAUAAUUAUUAUUGGAAGAGAGCUGGCCUAAAUGUAAAAGGGAAGAGGACUUUGUCAGAAAACAUUGCAGACAAUGGAGGUUUGCGAGAGGCUUUCAGGGCCUAUAGGAAAUGGAUUGAAGAAAAGAGGAAAGGAGCAGAGGAGGCUUUGUUACCAGGCAUUGAAUUCACCCACAAUCAGCUCUUCUUUCUCAGUUACGCUCAUGUGAGAUGCAAUUCCUUCAGACCAGAGUCAGCAAGAGAGCAAAUCUAUACUGGAGUUCACAGCCCUCCUCAAUUCAGAGUUAUUGGUGCAAUGAGCAACUUCGAGGAGUUUCGUAAAGCUUUCAAUUGCCCAGUAAAUUCAACCAUGAAUAGAGGUUCAGAAUCCUGUCGGCUAUGGUAGAUGGUCUUUUUAAAUCCAGUGCCAAGAGAGUUUAUAUAUAUAUAAACUGCUGUUUCUGAACUCUAACCCACUGCUACAGCUUCAGAGCAACAUUCAGCAAUAUAGAGAGGUUUUAUUUUUUUAAUGCAUCUUCAUCAUCUGGCUAGGUGACCUGCACAGAUCUAAUCAUUGUCUGUUUAUGGUUUGGAAGCUUUAAAAAUUGGACAAGAGAAAGGAGAGGAUUCAGGGAAAAAAUUGACACUCCAUGAUUGGAUUGCUGUUGAUGGAUUGCUGCCAUUACUCAUUUUACUUCCUGAUUUAUAGUUUAGCAAGAGCAAAAUGGUAAAAUCCAAUUUUAAUCUAUUGCUUUGCAGGAGGGCUUAGCAAAAUGUUCCCAUACAAAAUUCAGUCCUUCCAGAUUUCUUUAGUUCAUGAGAACUGCUAUGAAGCCAGCGCUGAUCUCCUGUGCAAUACAGCAUUUUGAUAACAUGCAUUGUCAUUGCACAGCAUGCCAUAAAUGAUUUUGCAUGAUGUUAAGACACUAGAUCUUAUAUAAAUUCAAUUUAAGAAGUUAGAUCAAUGCCUGAGGUUGGAGGCUCCUCAUUGUUUCCAUCCACAUUGACUAAACACAAAGAUUACUUGUCAAAUCCUGGGUGUUCUUCAUGAGUGCCUUAAUACAGAUGCUCUCUGACUUACGCAAGGGUUCCAUUCAGGAAUGCCUUGCGUAACUCAAAUUUUGCAUAAGUUGGGAACGUUUACCUGACAAUUACCCCCCCCACACAAAACAACAAAAAAACAACCAAACAAACGAAACACCAGUUUCUAACUUCCAGAACUUUUUCCGUAAGUCGGGGUUGCGUUACCUGGAGGGCAUCUGUAGCACCAUAUGGCGAAAAUCCAUGAGUGGAAAUGGGGCUAGGGCAGGGAAUCUCUGUCAUUGGGAAACACUAGAAUAACUGCAUUAUUAUGUGUAGUCUUGAUUCCUGUACCUAACAGGCACACAUUUACACACAUGGGGUGUAUUUCACUCUUGUAUACAGGGCCUGAACAAGGAGGCUGCACCAUUCACAUCUCAUGAAAGCUCCAUGCACUACCUAAGUCCCACUUGAGCCCCAUGGGCUAGGGUUUCAUGAGAUGUAUGUGGUGCACAUGUAACACCGACAGACCCCGGUCGUUGGCGGGCGGGAUCGAACGUGGGGCUUCUGGAGCUUAGUGCAGGAGUCUCUACCACAUGAGCUAAAAGCCAUAUAGCACUUAGCUAAGGCUGUAGCAGACUCCUUAAUCUCUCUAUAAGUGGUCUCGGUGCCACUAGAUGGGACAGAACACCACACCCAGAAGGUGUGUUGGUUACACACAGACUUGUACUCAGUACCAGCGAUAGCCAUAAGUGGACUAAGCAAUUGCUCAGGGUUUCAAGCAGCUCAAGAGGCCCCCCUAUUCACUUUAGUAGUACUUGUUGUGUGUGUGUGUGUUUGUGUGUGUGUGGGGAAAAAUAUUCCUGCUUAGGGCCCCCAAUGAGCUAUCACUGCUUCUGCUUGUACUGGCCUUCUGCACAGGGGUGAAAUCCACCUGUAUCCAUUAGGAAAGGGAGAUGUGACUCAAGAACUUAGCAUCUACAAUGUUUGGCCUGUUUGCCUCAAAAGAGAGAUUCAGAUGCAGUCAACUUUCCAGAUGUGGUAUGUAAUCAGGCAAUUACGUUCUUCAUCUGAUUUCCACUGAUGUUCAUAAAAGCAUGUUUUCUAUUGUGGUAAGCUAUAUUAUGUAGUAGUUAGGAAAGAAAAGCAAACAAAAAUAACCUCUUGCCCAAGGAAAUAUAUAGAGGUGGGUUUUAGGUAUACUGUACAGGGCUUAAUUUCACAUUGAUAGAAGUUUUACUGUAGUAGUUUUAAAAAAAUCUUCCCCUUUAAAUGGCUUGGCUUUUAAAAAAAUAUUAUCAGUGUAAAAACAGGGAGUAGAGGUUACUGAGUAAGGCUGAUUUAAAUUUUUCCAGCAAAACUGGCUUUAGUCAAAAAUCCAAUAUUAAAUAUUGAAUAAAAUUUUUCAUUACAGUUGUCUUGUUUUCUGUGCCUCUUAUGAAGGGAGGUGAUACACUGGGGAAAUGUAGCAUGCCCACGAAGCCCAGACUAUAGAGGAGAAUUGGGGGCAUGAGGGACCUGAACUACAUCUCCCAUGUGGCACUGCAACAGCAUUUCUGAAUCAAAAUUUUUUUAGACAAAAUAUUUCACUAAAAAGUCAAUUUUCUUCAGGAAGAAAAAAAACAUUUGCCAACUACCUCUGAGUUCUUUGCCACUGAAGUGUACAGUAGUAAUUUUUUUUCUGAAGUUAUUUGCCAAAGAUGUCAUUAAGAUGGCCAGUAUUUCUUAUGGGGCCUUAAAUUGCAGAAACCAGGACUCCUUGUUUGAGUAAGUCCUAUUGAAUUACAUGGAACUACAUGCAUGAUAGAGUUGCUGUUAAGUUAUUGGUUUUAGUUAAUUGACUAUUGAAUACAUUCAUGCUCAGGACACGAAUAUUGACAUUAUUUAGGGUCACUUUGAAUAAGCAGCUUAAAGUUCAGGGGUGAAAUCUUGGCCCCAUUGAAGUCGGUAGGAGUUUUUACACUUGCAUAAAUGGGACCAGGCUUAUCUCUAGAGUAUGCAAAAACAGUUUUGCAACAGUUGAUUUUCUUUGCUGCUGGGGAGUCUGGUAAAUUUCUUUUGUUUGCCUAAUGCUCACAGGAAAGCAGAACAAAAUAAUUAAAUGCAUUCUUAGACAUAUGUUAACCAAAGAUAAUUAAAAUCAUAAUAAUGCCUCAUGAAGUCUCUUCUCACUACCGCUAUCUCAGUAGUCCAUUUUAUAGCUCUGAUCUGCUUUCCUAUUGUGCCUGUGUAUCACCAGUGUCUUGCUAUAACAAGUGUAAUAUUGUCAGUUCACCAACUAUGUCUAUCCUGCCAAAUGACUUUAUCAAAAAUAUUUAGUUCCUGCAUCUUCUAAAUUGCACUUCUGGGUAAGUUUUCGGAGAAUAUUGAAAAAUCAGUGCAUUUCUCCUACCAACAGAUGUUGCUAUACUUCCAGCGCUGGGAAGGUUGGAAAAGGUCCUAUUAGUGUUCUUUUCAAUUUAAAUGAAUAUCAUUGUUAAUAUGUUUGUUCAUCCAAUGUUCAACUGUUAGGCUCCAGGUCAGGAUAAGUGGGAAAAAUUGCCACGUACAGUGCACAUGCAAAAGGUUUUGUAAUGUGUGAGUUUGAAGAGAUUUUCUUUUGUUCCAUAAAAAACAAAAAGAAACAUUUUUUUGCUAGUGCACAUUUGGGCUCUGAUCUUUGAAAAGAAUUGAAAAGGUGCACACCUUAAAUUUUACACACUAUGAGUAGUUCUAUUGAUCUCACUGGGAUUACUCAGUGUGGAAAGUGAUGGAUGUGCAUAAGCCUUUGCAGGAGCAGCGUCUUACGUGUACAAGUAGCAUCGCACAUGAGUAGUCCCAGUGAAGACACAGUUGUACUAAUCACCCAUGUAAAGUUACUCUGGUGUAUAAGUGAUUGCACUUUGAGCUGGAGUAGAGAAUGGUUGGUUAGUUUAAACCCAGCACCUAUAAAAAUUCCAUCUUUCACCUUGUGUGGGUGAACUUUUACAUUCUAAAAUUAGGAAUAAAAUGUAUAUGCUAAAUAUCUGAUUUAUAAAAUAUUUAAAAAGUUAUGUAUAAUUUUUCAUGAAGUAUUGUUCAACUGGUCACACACAUCAAGGGUAUAUUAUAUAUUACAUUACUGUGAAAUAUAUAAUCUCAAAAGAAAUAAAAUCCGAUGACUCAAGGGCAGAGCCACUGACUUAAAAAGCCUUUUCUGAUUAUGUUUUUUCAUUUUGCUGGUCAGUCUAUUGUAUUCCCUGU